AGAUCCCAUGACUUAAGUCUGCCCUACAUAAAACAGGAAGUUCCAGCGCUCGCAUUCAUACACCUACACCUAUAUGACCCUUCAGCUUAUGCAUGCAUGCAGAUGUGGCUUGUUGAGUCUACCUUGAAAUUACUAUAACUCUGGGUUUUGUGAUACGUGUUUUACCUCAGAUUCUUAUGUGUUGAUAUUGAAUAAGGCGACAGCACUUCAACACUCACAGGUGAUAGCCUUGCGUUCCCCAUGAAGGGUUCACCGCUUUGUGCGGAGUGGCCUCUGGCCUCAAGGGAGAUGACUGACAAGGGAGGCCCAGAGGGUAUCCAUGAGACAUUUCGAUCUCUGCCAUCUCGUCUAUCCCAACUGUCCAUGGAGGAAAAAACCAAAUUGAACCAGCAGCUGAAACUAACACAAAACAAGCCUCGCAAGCAGGACAUAUGUUUUGUGGAAAGUCCAUCCUCUCUGAAGUCUCAAAAGGCAGAAAAUAACAGAGUCAAUCUGUCCAUAUACAAAUCUGAUGUCCAGAAUGACAACAGAUUUGUGAAAGGCCGUAACAGCAACCAAGAGCAGAUCUUCAAAUCUCAGCUCUGUAAGAAUUCGGACCAUGACAAUCUGGGGGAAAAUACUGGGAAAAGAGAAGAAUUCGAAGAUAAGCAUGGUGAUGUUCAGGAAGAAACAAGACCAAAACAGAUGUACGGAGGCGACGAGCACGAUGAGGAGGAGAAACUGAUCAAGGACCUGCGUGAAACCGAGAAGGAUCGAGAGCCUGCAGCAUCUAAGCCGAGUGUACAUCAGAUCAGUGUAGGAAGAAUCGGGUACUCGCAGCCUGCCCUAUUCCAGCUGCUGGUGAGGCUGGCAGAGUCAGGGAAGGUUUCACCAUCAGGGGAGGUAAUCAGAGCUGUGCAUGCAUCGGUACUUUCGCAAGUGAACCACACUUUCUCGAGCAGCGUUGCCAAAAUGAAUGCCAUGAAUGAGAUCAUCACUCUCCUGUCAUCCGAGCAAGGGAAAACAGCAGAACCUGAUGUGGACGGAGAAAUUUUAGAGGAGAUGCCGAGCUUUGUCGCUGAAGAUGACACCACCAAAACAGAAGUGAUUGUGCAGCCAGUGGGAGAAAAGAGCCAUGAUUAUCAGCAGGCCGUGUUGAAGGUUACAGAGCCUGAACAGCCCAUAAAGUCCCCAGCAAAUGAGCUUGAGCAGCCAAGGGAAGGAAAGAGCACACACGGUGGGCAGGAAGUUCCAUAUGUUACAGAGUCUGAGCAGCCAAUGACGUUCUCAGCAGGAGAGCCCGAGCAGCCAAUCGAAGGAGAGGGCACACACAGUGGGCAGGCUGUUCUGUAUUUUACAGAAGCUGAGCAGCCAAUGAAAAUCACUGGAGAAGGUUGUGAGAAGCCAGUGGAAGAAAAAGACCAAGAAUGUGAGCAGCCAACAAAAGGUGUUGACACAGAUAGUGAGAAUGUAGUGUUAAAGGUUACACAGUCCGAACAUCCAGUGAAAUUCUCUACAAAAGACCAUGAGCAGCCUAUCAACAGUAACCAAAAAUCAUCCAGAAACAAAACAAAGAAGGAAGUGUCCAAUGGCGGAAAACAGGUGAAAGUUGUCAAAAAGAAAAUUUAUGUAAAGAAGUUUUUCAAUGAGCAUGGUGAGCAGAAAAACAACAACAACAACAGAGUCAGGAGGCAGAGUCCCAGAGUGAUUUUCAACAACAGAGUGAGGAGGCAGAGUCCCAGAGUGAUUUUUGUGAAGAAUAGCGCUCUGUUUGUCAGUGACCUUCCUGGACAGAACAACAACAGCAGCGCUGUAAGAAAAGCCUCUUGUGGAAUCCGUUUGAAGAGGUACAGAUACAUGGACCUUCGCCGCCAGCCUGUAACUGCCAGAUGCUGCUCUCAAGGGAACUCUGCUGGAGGGGCAGGGGCUAGUGGUUUCCAUGGAAACAGUGGAUCAGAUGGAACUAGGGGAUCUCCAAAUACCCCUAAAAAGGAUAACCAUGGAGGAAAAGGUUCGGAGCGUGGGGAUGGAGAUAGGAAUGGAGGCGAUGACAAUCGUGAUGGUGAUGAUUACAGAAACUCUGAAAACAAAAGCUCUCCUGUGAGUGAGGUAACAUCAGACUUGCUUCCAAGUGCAUCUUCUGCAGAACCAAAUUACAAGUGGUUCCGAAAAAAACCUGACGAGGAUCGCGGCCACGGAGACCUGAAUCGAGAUAUCCCAGAAGUCUUAGGACUUUUGUCAAAUGGGGUUCCGAACAUUCAAGAUUGUGAUGAUGAGUUACUGGAGACAUUGCGGCAAGUUGAUCACUGUCUCGUCCACUGCUUGCUCAGUGUGGAAAAUGGACACGGUCAGGACGACCCCGGCGACUGUCUAUUCUGUACAAUCAUCCAGUCGCUCUUCCGACACAUUGUCCGUGACAAGACAGCCGCACUCAAGGAGUGCAUGACCUGCUCACAGCUCUUUGAAAUGAUGAAGUUUCACCUGCUGGGUUGCUGCGUGCAGCCCAGCUUGGGCAGUGACUGUGCACACACGCUGGCAUUGUGUCGUCGCAUCCACCGCCAGGGAAUGCAGUUUUCUGAUCGGCCACAGGCAUGGGAAAAGUUCCUUUGGGACACACUGAAAGAGCUAAUGACACGGCUUUUUGAUGAUGUUGAACUGCCAACUUUGACCCCAUCUGCAACUGCGCCAUCGCCGACUAUGACCAAUAAGAGGUCGUUGCGUCGCAAAGUUUCAGCACGGGGAAAAUUGAAUAUUAUCCUGGAAGAUGAGGCAGCUAGUCCGCAAGUACAGCAGCAGAAAGUCAGUGUUAGGUCCACGGGGAUCUGCAGUGUUCAAUCUCUGUCCAUUUCAUCUCAGUCGAUCAGCGUUAACAGCCAGUCUGAAACGGAGAUGAGUCAAACCGACAUUCUAAUCCGUAACCUCCCUGACCAGCCGCUCCCUCUCCUCCCACGGGAGGCUGUGGUGAACCAUGAGGGUGUCCGGGCCUACAGGAAUCAAGGCUGUGUCAGUCUGCCCACCGAGCAUGCCCCGAGGACAUUGUAUGAUCAGCUCAUAUCAUUUGAGGAACGCCCCACUGGUGAGCCUGGUAUAGGAGAGGUGGUGUACGGGUCAAUCGCUCGUCUCCGCAACAUCGUUGAGCAUUGGACCCAUGUGAAAAAGAUGUGGUGGGAGGGAGAAAAAUUUCCCCGAGUGUCUCGUGAAGAGGGCGUUAUUCUGCUUCAGUACAGUGACCAACUUCAGAUCGGUAAGACGCGUUACCAGGAAGACGUUCAGUGGCAGAAGAUCACGCAGCUCGGGCGGGGCGUGACUGGGAGGUGCUAUCUGGCCAGAGAUUUCAACACCGAGUGCCAGUUCUGUAUCAAAGAGAUUUUGAUAACGAGUUACCAAGAGGAUGAGCUGUUGAUCUGGAGUAACCUAGACCAUAGUAACAUAGUACAGCUGUAUGGAGCCAUCCGGGCCGACAGUCACAUCUACAUCCUGGCUGAGUUCAUUGAUGGUGGAUGUUUGACUGAGCACAUUAAUAAUCAGAGAGAACUGAAUCGUCGUUUGAGCAAAGCUGUGGCACUGCGGUACUUCAAGCAGCUUUUGGAAGUGCUCAUCUACCUGCAGCAAAACAAUGUACUACAUGAGGACCUCAAAGCUGACAACAUCUUAUUGAGGACAUCCACUCCUCAGCCAGAGAUUGUGGUGGCUGACUUUGGUUUGGCGCGCAAGGUCCAGCCCGGAGAACGCGUUGGGAAGACAAGCCCUGUGGGCUCCCAGACCCAGUGGAGCCCCGAGAAAGCCGCCAGUCUGGGCUAUGACUUCAAGUCAGAUGUGUGGGCUGCCACGUGUGUGCUAGCUCACAUCUUUAAUGGCCAGCCGCCCUGGGUGCAGCAAUAUGGCCAUGCUGCUGUCCUGCACUACGUGAUUUCGAAAAACUCUCCACCACUAGAAGAUAUGCCAAGAAAUGUGACUGAGGACAUCCAAAAGCUGAUACAGCUUGGCUGGACCCUAGAUGUGGAGAGUCGGCCAUACGCCCAUGAAUUGUUACAGGCCAUCAACCUGGAGUGCCACCCUGCAGGAGAAACCCUCUUUUCGACAGUGAACUCCAUUGCCCCUGGCUGUAUGUCUGGUGAUCAGCCACUCCGAGGGAGUGGGCCAGAUGAGUCUGGACCUGGAAAUGGGCAGGGCUUGCCAACUGUCAAUUACCCAAACCAAGGUCAGACAGAGGUCAGUGACAGAGGAGGUCCUGGUGAGUCUGCACAAGGUGCAGAACUUGCAGCGGUCACAGUGACGACAGAAGUCAAAGUCACAUCAACUACAGUGUCAACAACAGCAUUGCCAAUUCCUCUUGUUGUACCCUUGGAAAAUCCUGCGGAGACAAACUCCAGUGUGCCCAGUCAGACCUCUAAUAAUGCGCCGGCUACAAACAGCUGGAAUAACAGUGACCCUCAGCACCAUAUCCUGGAGUACGUGCAAGACAAGGGCGAGAUUGCCAGCACCCUGUCCUGCCUGCCAAAGCUACCAGUGUUUGAGGAGCCUGUCUUCGGGGAGAGGCUUCAGUCGGACGAGGAGACAAUGAGCAGCACCCACUCAGUCAAGCCACGCUCCAAAUCCUCACCCAAUAUCUCUGUGACGAUCCCAGCAGACGAUCGUGUGGACACAGUGUUCAACAGCUCUGAUAUGUUUGGGUCUGGGUCUCCCCCGACAGUUGGAUCAUCUGUGGAUACCCCAGUUACCCAGCAGUUGCCGCCGCCGAAUGUCCCCAUGCACCCGGGUGGCCAGCAUGGAAGACUGCCGGGCCUCCACCCGCACGCGAACCCACUCAAUUUGCACGUGGACGUAUGUAAAGCCAGUGUGGCCAAGCCUAGGCUUCAUACCACCAUGUCAACCUCGGCCCUAUUGGCCAAUCCAGUACCGAGUAACAUGGCACGCCGGACAAGCCAACCCUACACGGCGUCCCCGGUCCUCCAGAAAACGGCCACAGCUCUGGACAUGUAUGGCACAACGGCAGACGCCCGGGCUACAUCUCGCAGCUCUGUGCACUCCGCCAACACCAGUGGUAGCUCCCCACACGGCCAUGACAGCCAACCCACCACCCCCAGGUCCAGCACCUAUGAUAAUCAGGAUAAGGAAAUGUUGAGCCUCACUAAAGAUAUGUUUGAGGGGCUGAUGCGGGAACCUCACUCACACACCACAGGGAUGAUGGAUCUUGCACAGUCACUCUGUAGUGAUAACGAGGAAGAAGAUGAUAUUAUGCAAACUGUUUUGCUGGAGACGUCACUAGAAGACAUGCAGGCAUCGAUCAGACCCAACCCACAUUCAUCACCAGACGCUCGUGAUGGGUCUCUCAUAAAGUUCGUCAACCAAGCCGAGGAGCUGAUUGCUCAAGUGAGGAUUCGGGACGUGAACACGGAGUGGCGUGACGUCAUCGUCGACAUCGCCUCGCCUACCAUUCAUUCCAGUGAUGAGUUCAAGAGAUUUUUCGUGCUUCACCAGGAUGGGUCUAUAGUGGACAUGAGUGCAUCCGUGGGGAAGGCAGAUGUCAUAGUCACAGUUGUCCCCCUUGAUGACAAAGAAGAUCCACAGACCUGGUUUAUACAGGAUCAUAAACUUCACUGGGAUUAACUCCCUUUAAUUUACGCUGAUGCAACAGUGUAGUGUGUCGAUUUUGAGUGAAAUUUUGUUGUUCAGAUGUGAACAGAUUGAAGAAACUGUUUUGUUGAUUUUUUGUUUUUAAAUGGAAUAUACCGGUGAAAUUCCUGCUUGUAUAAAAUUUACAGCUGUCUCAAGUAUACAGUUUUCAUUUAUGUGUUCAUAUAUUUUUCCCCCUUUUUUGAUGUACAUGAAUGUGGAAUUUGAAAGCAUCUUAAAUUUUUAACCUUUUAAAGGCAUCUUAGCCCCAUAUUUCUAACUUUUUGCUUCAAAAUUUCAGUUUUCAGUUGGGAAGGAAGUUUUUAAGCAGGCAAUUUUUUUUUUCUGUGCUGCUUUUUUCUUUUCUUUUAGGUCAUUUCACUUUGCUUUUUGUUUGGAUGACAGUUCUUAGGCUUGGGAAAGAAUUAUGUUAUGAAUAUUUCAAUGUUAAUGGUAAAAACUUGAAUUAUGAAUCAUCAUGCAUGGGCUAAAUUCAUCAGAUUUUGAAUAAACAGGUACAGGUAUGCCUAGUUAUCUGCGAGAUUGUAUAUUUGAGGCAAGAUCAUUGCGCAACAAGCAUGUUUUAAGACUUCUGACUUCUGUAUAGCAACUUUUCUAACCCUUUCCUACAGGUGCUAUUAGGUAAUGUGGUUUUCCACCAAGGUAUAGCUUUUCUUGGUAUAGCAGACCAAUAUGAUGCAAAACUUUUGAUUCUAAGAUAUCUUUCAUGUUUGUGGCAACAUAUUUACAAGCCUUACGAUCAAUGUAUUUUGUUGACUUUUUAUUACCUCACUUUGAGUGUAUGUAACUCUGUUUAGCUCAACUGCUACAAAUUCUUAAUUUACAUGUACAUGCUUAAGGUGAAUAUUUUUUUGUGACAAAUUUCCAAAACACAAAAACUGAUUAUUUUUUCCUUGGUCUCAUGGAUUUUUAUUUUGUUUUAAUUUUUGAAUUAGACACUUGAUUAUUUCUUGUAUAUGCGAUAUAAUCAAUUCCCUUCAAAUCCUAUUUUCUCCGCUUUUUUUAUAUUUAUACAGUUAAAUUUUCUCAAACUGCUUAAUAUCAAGGAUUUUCAAAACUGUAAUUGACUGUAGUGGUGGAGUUAUUCAGGAGAAAAUAAGUUGACUUUGCAACGAAUUGUUAAUUGUUCAAUUGUUCAGUGUUGUUUAUUUUUGAUGGUUCUUUAGCUAAGCCUUAAUUUUUUUUUUUUUUUUUUCAUUUUCUCUUAAUGCUGAAAAGAUAAUAUAUUUUUAAGAAAUUUUAAACAUUCGAUAAAAAAUAUGUAGUUGGUGUGGCAGAGAUUUGCAGUUUCUGUACUUACUUAUUGACUGCAUUUCAUCUAAAGGCUGGUGCAUAAAAAUGCACUUUCAGAAGCACAUGAAAAACGUAAAAGUUUCUAAAUAAGAGUAUUAAUGAAACUUCAAACACACACACAAAAAAAUCUUACAUUACGUUUUAAGGUGGAUGAAUUAAUCAGAAUGAGAAAAAAAAAAUGUGUCACCUGAAAGAAACUCAACUUUAGAUGAAAUACAGGUUUUAAUAUAAAACAUUUUAUAGGUGUAUUAUUCUGUGGUGGUGGAAAACUUUUGUUGUACGUGUACUUCAUAUAUAUGUCCUGUGUUGAUUUAGAAAAUGUCAUAUACUAGUAUAUAGUGAUCACAUGGAAUUGAUGUCUCUCCAUGUUUGUCGGACAUACCAGGUAUGUGGUAUAUGACCUCGAUCACCCCCCGAUGGUGGGAAUGCUUGCAUUUUUCGGGUGAACGAAAGAUUCCACUCAACCCUGACAACCGAAAAAAACCCCAAUAAAUUCUACAUUUUCAGAAAAAAUACACACGAGCUAGCUAAUUACAUUAAGUGCGAAAAGAAUGGCUCAAAUCUAAUGAACUGAAACAAGAUUGUUGGCUAUCUAGGCUGAAGUAUAGGUUACAUACAGCACAACAGUGCAAGGUCCAUUGCCAGUCGUAACUGUAUCUUAAGACCGCCUGAGCGUACUUAUUUUAGUUCAGAUACACAUAGCCUUUCGUUCAGCGUAUUGUACGCUCUCAAAGACUUACCCUAUAACAUUACGGCAGGGUAGACUUUUGGGCAAAACCCUCUGUCUGAGGGGAGUAAGCUUAUUGGUGCUUGUUUCUUUAUUUCUGGGUUUAUGUUGUUCUGGUGCCAUAAUCAGUGACAUUACUAACAGUCACUUUUAUAUCUGCUUAUGUAAAUGUUUGUUUUUUCUUCGUGUUUUUUGAUUAAUAUAAUUUUUUGUAGUUUCUAAUACCCAAUUUUUUUUUAAUAAAGCUAUGAUC